AUGGGAGAUUUUAACAGUCAACUUGGAAAGUAUACAGACAAAGAAAGAGGAAUUAUGGGUCCAUUUAGCUACGGAAAAAGAAAUAACAAUGGAAUUAGACUCAUAAACUUUGCACUGGAAUUCAACCUAACAAUUACAAAUACGUUAUUUAAAAAGAAAAAGAAUAGAAAAUGGAAUUGGGUAUCCCCUGAUGGAAAAACGUUUAAUGAAAUCGAUUUUAUUCUAACAAAUAAGCCAAGAGUUUUUGAAAAUAUUGAAGCUAUAAACACGCUAAAUUUUAACUCAGAUAACAGAAUACUAAGAGGCACAAUAAAAUAUAAUAUACUAGACAAUUUUGAGAAGACAAUAGAACAGGAUGAAGUAAUACACAAGCAAGAUGCAAUACAAACCAAAUACGAUAUUAUAGAAAAAAGGCUCAUAGAACUUGGAAAGAAAUUAAAAGGAGAGAAAAGAUUGAAAGAUACAGCAACUGAGUUCUACAAAAUACUAUAUAACGACAGCGACAACAACGAUAUGACUGAUAAGAUCCUGCAGCAAGAUAAUAUACCAUCUAUUCUAGUUCGUGAAGUUUGA